GAGUAUAUAGUGUAUGCUGGUAGGUAGUACAAGAAAAGAUAGUUUCCCUUUGAACUAUUGAAUCAGUAUAACUUUCUAAUGUACAUGGCUAUGGCUAUUACAAAAUUGGCAUUGUCACCUCCUCUAAUUCAAUGUUCAGAGAUAUGACCUCUUUUUUUUAAGAACUUUUUUUUCAGUUUUACUGAGACAAAAGAACAAAAACAGAUACAAAAUAGAUUAAUUUCUAAUUCCGUGUAUCACACGGUCACUGUGUUUAUAACCGUCCUCAUGAGCGAUACAGCCAAUUCAUAAGUCUAAUGCAGUCUGAUUGGCGGCAUUUCGACGUCAAUACACUAGUUGAUUAUGAAAUAUGCAUACAAAUGACGGCUCCGAUUACUUAGUGUUUGCUAGAGCAUUCACCGCAUCAGUAGGCAUGCAUUAGGCACAAUGCCCUGUUGACAUUCAGUGUCUCCAGAAUAAGAAAGGCAGUCUAGGAAAACGUUCUAACAACCAGCAUCAUUAUUCAAUACUACAAUAUCACAACAUGUGUCUCAAGGAAUCUUUAUAUUUAAAUAUUCAAUAAUCAGUUGUAAUGUGAUUGCCUGUUUUAAUUCAAAUACAUCAUGGAUCAAGUGUAAAUGCUUAGGUUUAGUCCAUUUAUUUUCGUGAAAUCAAUGUGCCAUUAUUGAUUAACUGUUCGCAUUAUUACAAUUUUAAAUACAAUGUUCUCGUUGUAAUAGAGACAAUGCUCUUCUCUGUUCCAGAAUGGACACCUUCCCGAAGUGUUCUGUCUGUCAUCAGGAGUUUACACUGAAAGGUCCAGUCCCCUACUUACUGCCCUGUCUACACGCCGUGUGUGAGAAGUGUGUGACAUCUGCAGCUGUCGGUGUGAUAUCAUGCUCUACAUGUCAGAGGGAGGUCAACCUCACAGACACAAGUCUCCAGAAGGACGCAGUCAGACAGAAGGAAAUAUUCCACCUGACCGUCAAACAUCGCCCCACAGAGAUCCUCUGUACACAUGAAAAUGAUGGCAAUCAGGCUGUGUGUUGGUGUCAGGAGUGUGAAGAGUUCCUCUGCGAAUACUGCCAGAACUUGCACAAUGGUUUUAAAGCUACCAGAAGACAUGUUGUUGAAACCUUUCGGGAUACGGGGGACAUGUUUGUAGAACAAGUAUGCAAACUUCACAAUCGUUAUCCUCUUGAAUAUUUUGAUAAAAACUGCAACAUUUCAAUUUGUGCCAAAUGCAGGCUUGGCGAGCAUUCCGAGCACGACGUUGAGGAUUUAGAUCUGGCUGCUGAUGCUGCAAAAGGACGGAUAGAACAACAUGGGAAGAAUGUGACCGCCCAUCAUACUUGUCAACAAGCAUAUUUGAAGAGCGUCAGCAAAGUCGUAAAUGACACAAAGAAUACAAGUAGUGCUCUUAAGGAGGCCAUCCACCACACUUUCCUUUCUCUGAGGACACAACUUGAUCAAAGAGAGAAGGAGCUGGUCAUAGAUCUGGAGAAUCAGACGAAACAGGAACUGUCAAAGCUGCACACUAUACAAGCUACCUCUGAAGGCGAGAGUAAAAGAUGCAAGUGGACUUCAGACUACAUCAGGACAGCGCUCAGAUAUGCUUCAAACUCUGACUUUCUCACACUGGAGAGUUCGAUACAAGAUACAGCGAAGACGCAUCUCAGAUCAGUUCCACCUGAGACACACAGUGCACCCGCAGCCAGUUUCAACACAGGGGGCCUGGAGAAAUUGAAAUCCUACAUUUCUGACUUUGGGUCUGUCAAUGAAGAUGGAUCAGCAGCUCAGGCACAUACACUUGCAGAUCAAGGGACACAGACAGACGAUAGCCAUCUAACUGACCUGGACAACAAAUACAAAGAUCUGAAAGUGCUGGAGGUAGCUGACGAUCCAACUCCAUUGGCAAGUUUUGAUGCGGGUGAUAAAACCUACACUCUGAAAACAGGAACGAAGACACCGGUGACUCUGAAGUGUCCUAAACUACAACUGGACGCUGCUCGAGCCAACACAGACUACUGCCACGUAACUACAGACGGUGAGCUGGUCAACUCGCGGCCCGCCACACGACACAGAGACAGCGGCAGGUUACGGAGAUACCACGGCACCUGUAGUUCCACCCCCAUCCCCCUUCCUCCACCCCCCUCCAAUGUCACCCCGGCCCCACACACACCACGAUACUGGGAGACCCACUCCAGGGUGGGUGUGGUGGGUGGUGGGUGGCGGCCUGUUGUCCUGGAGAUGGGUGUGGGGGAGGAGAGCCAGGUGGACAGUGGGCAGUAUGUUCGUGAACAGCGCUGCUCCUGGUGUGUCUGUUUAGAGAGAUGUCUCACACAUCGGGGGAGUCUCUGUACCUGCGUGUGUCAGCCGGGGGAGCGGGGGAAGUGUUACAGAAACACAAUGUCUGCCACACGCGGCACACAGGCCACCCUCCACUAUGGCGUUGUGCUGGACGUGGGGAGGGGGAGACUCGCCUUCAUCGAUCUCGACAGGGAGAUUGUUUUGGCCAAGUUGGAUGUUGAGUGGAGGGAGUCUCUUCUCCCCAUGUUUAGUCUUGGGCUGCCAGAUAUCUGCACAGUCAACAUGAAGUUGGUCAGCGGGGUGGACAUCACCAUGACUGACUCCAAGAAGUCACUUAUUUAUAACGCCCUCACAUAGGAAAUAAAAUAAACAUGACAUUGUGUAAACUUGUAAGUGUGACAUAUUUAUUUAAACUGUCAAAUGUAAUGUGAUUGUAUUGUUUGAGGCGGACAUAGAAGUUACCUGUCUAUGUGUUGUUUGUUGUGUACAAGAAUGUAACAAGGUUAGCUAAAUGUGUUGUUUUCUA